AAUCAGCCCGCACCAACGACGAUCAGCCCGCACCAGCGACGAUCAGGACGACGCCCGCGACCUUGGCAGCACCGGCGGAGCCAGCCUGAAACUACAGCGGACCUCAGCCUGUCUGGACUUCUUUCUGCCGCCGAUCUGACGACUCCGAACCGGCACUUGGCACCACCAGCACUCCCGCCACCAACAGGACCAUGACUUCGAUUUCCAGAACUUUUGCAAGGAUAGGCCCGGCAGCCCACGCCGCCUUCUCUGGGCUGGCCCUCCAUCGGUCAUUCCGCUACAACAACCUGAAUGCUGCCGCAUCAACGGCCCUUGCACUGGCCCAGCAACGGCGGCACGAAACAGGUGUCCGUAUCCGGCCCGUUGCCGUUCAGAUCUUUGAUCCUUGGAUCCCAAAAACCAAAGGACCGUCGCUGCUAUCCGUGGAGGGCCGCCAGGAUGCCUGGGAGAAAGCCAAGAAGUUUAUCACCGCAACAGUUUCAUAUGUGGUGAUCAUGAGGAACUCUGUGGAGAAGUGGAAGCCCAAGCCGUUCGCCGCAGAUGCCGAGAAAAUUUACAUUGCGAUGAACGAAGCAUUCGCUGGGGGCGAAAAGGAUGUCUUGCCUUACCUUGUCACAGAUGCCAUGCUGGUGAAACUCAAUCCCGACAUCAAGGCAACACAGCGCCUCGGACGGGGCGUCUGGAAGUAUCACGGAUCGGUUGAGCGGCCUGUGAUUGUCCAUGCGGCUGUGGCCCAGCUCCAAGAAAGCCAGCGCGGCGACGCCAUUCGAGUUGCCCAGGUUACGGUCAAGAUUCACACGAAGCAGUCGUUUGCAAUCUACAGCAAAGGACCCGAAGCGAAGCUGCUCGGCGGCAAUCCCGCUGCUGUCAGCGAUGUGCUCGAAUACGUUGUGUUUGAAAAACGGCUUGCUGCAGACGAUCCCUAUGACUGGAGAAUUGCCGGCAAGAUUCCGCCUCGAAACUAAGGCAGAGUGCACCAUGCCUUGUCAUCUUCUGUCCUUUCCUGUUCGCGGACCGCACAGUCUGACGAGCAAGCCAGGCAGCACCCAGGUCUUUACGACAGCUUCUGCACACGAUUUGUUCCGAGCGCCCCGACCAUCGAUGACAGCGCACCUCGCAGCAACAGUGUGGCUCGCUUGAAGGUCGCCCGCCCAUCGGCCGAUCGGGGCAGCACUUGGAAUACACAAGAUCCAUCACGAA